UGCAGAAUACAGGGAGAGCAAUGUCCUUGUCCUCCAGCACACAUGCACACGGACUGAAAAGCCAAAAUGGAGGACGCAACAUACAACAGACUGGCUCAUCCAGAAGACUUAAGUGAUGACCUCCCUUUCACUGCCAAUCAAGAUGAACAACAAGUGUCACUUUCCAUGGGGAGGUUUGAGUCACUUGUGAACCAUCAAAAAAUGUUAACCGUGAUCCUAUCUAUACUGGCUGUUAUCCUACUUUCCAUUGACAUUGGUUUGGGCAUCUACUACAGAAAUCUGACUGAUGGAGAGCGCAUUGUAAAGGACAUUAACUCUGAAGUUGCCAAGUUACAACAAGCUUACAAAAUUGCAAUUAACUCAGAGAUUGAACUGAAGAAGGAGUUGGCAAGAGAGGCCAGUAUCCAGCAGAUGACCAUAUGGAUGCUUGAGCACCAGAAGUCAAGAAAUGAGGAUUAUCAGAAAGAGUCAGACAAAAUUCUGUCGCUCAUCACAGGGCUAAAAUCUCACAUACCUUUACUUAAGGAGGGUUGCAGACACUGUCUACCAGGAUGGAAUUUGAUCAACUCUAUUUGCUAUUACAUCCCUUUCUCCGACGAUAUAUCACGCAGAACAUGGGAGCAAAGUCGGGAUUACUGCAAGAAUUUUGGCGCUGAUUUGAUACAAAUAAACAGCAGAGAAAAACAGCUGGCAAUUCAUGCUUUAAUCACAACUUAUCACAACCCAUCACUUCAAUACUCUGCCAGUGGCUUUUGGAUUGGAGCACGAGAUGUGGAGGAAGAGGGAACGUGGAAAUGGUUGGAUGGAACACAACUCACCGAGGGUUUUUGGAACUUCGGAGAGCCAAACAAUCAAGGAAAUGAAGAUUGUGCUGCUGUCUACCCCAGCCUAAGGAAAAACCCAUUCAAGAGCUGGAAUGAUGCCCCCUGCACUCAUGUUUUAAAAUGGAUUUGUGAAAAAGUACAAAAUUUUUCAGAUUAGUCAAAUAGAGACAUUUGAAAAUUCUCAUGUUUUAAUGUAGAUACAUUUAGACAUUCUUUGUUAUAUAAAAUACAGAUGAGUUUUAUAGGUUAACUAUAAAAUGAAUGUUUAAUGGUAUGUUUCUUAUAAUACAUAUUUUUGUCCAUGGGCACAUACGUGUUGCUCUUACACAAAAAUACAUUUAAGGAUCUUAAAUAAAAUUGAUUUUUGUCAUUUUUGUGAAUGUGAUGACAAUAUUUCAUAAUUAUGUUGACUUUAAUUAUGUGACUUGUCACAGAGUUCAAUGAAUAACUGAAGAAAUAAAUAAAAUAAUAUCAGUGUCAGAG